UGUAAUCAUAUAAUUUUACGCGCAAUAAACAAUUAUAACGGAUAUAAAAAUAAUUAUAAAUAUGUUAUAUAUAUAUAUAUAUGCAUCUAUAUUUGAUUACAUUGAAUCUCAUUAUGUUCAUACAUAUUAUCUCGCGCAUAUAAGUUAUUAUUUUCAAUAUUAAUUCUUUCCUGUCGAAGUCAUAGAUGUACCGACUUUUGCCACUAUAAAACUAUCCUUUAAUCGUUUUAAGCAUUAAGGUUUCCAAUAACGAUAACUGAUUGACCGUACAUACGUCACCCGUUGUACGAGUGAAAGUAAUUCUAACGGGAUACCCAUGAUUACGAUUAUCACAACGAGAGUGAAUUCUUUUCUUAAAAUUCUUAAGUCUCCUUUCUGUUCAAUUUUUCAUAUAAAUGACAAAAAUGAUAAAUCUUUAUAAAUUAAAAAUAUUCUACCUAGAUAUAUUCUACCUAGAUGUAAAUAUUAAAAACAUGUUUUCAUAAAAAACAAAAGAAAAAGAAUUAAGUGGACUGCAAGGAUAUCAAUAGAAAAAAAUGUAAUCAAUAUACGUGGUUACAUAAUUUUUCAUUUUUUAUUGUAUUACUGUUACAUUAACUUUGGAAGUAAAAAGAGGUUUAUUUAAAUUAAAGAGAGUAAUUGUGAAAUGUAUGAUUAUUUUAAUAUGUCAUGUUUUGAUGACAAAAGUGCACUUAAAUUAAAUAUUAAAGUAAACAGUGAAAAUUUAUUACCAGUUUCACAAAAAUACAAUGUUGGAUCGUUGAGAGUACCUGAAGAUCCAUCAUGGCCAAAAAUUCCACCACGUAAAUUAUUAGAUGAUGCUGAUGACAUAAUUCAUCCUCCAUGUGUUAUUACAUUAACAGGUACACCUAGGAGAAGUCGUACUGCAGUACACACACCACAAUGUCAAUCAUUCAAAACAAUGGAAAUGAAAGGUUUUAAUUCUUCUGCACAUCAAUUAACACUACCAGUUAAUACGAUAAAAAGGAAAUCUGGUUCUUUAGAUCCUCGUUUUAAGCGUGUAACUGCAGUUCAAAGUCAGACUACACCAAUAGAAUCUAUUAAACGAUAUAAUACGUCGAAAGAAUCACGACAGAGUGCUUUUAACUUAGAACAAUCACUAUCUCCCUGUGAAAUCGUGAAGAAAACUGCUUCUGGAAAAAACUUAAAUAUGUACAAUUUAUUUAAUUAUUAAUAAAAAUAUUUAAUUUUGGUUGUAAUUAUAACAAUAGGUUUUACAACAGACUUCGUGGCAUCUAAAAUAUAUAUUUUAUAUAGCCAUCAGAUAGCACAAGAAAGUAUAAAGAAGCCAGAAAAUGAAGAGAUCAUUGAAAAUAAUAAUAGUCAUUUCGUGCAAAAACUAGACAGAGAUAAAAAAAGUAAUGUGGAAGAUAACAACAAAUUAGAAUGUAAACUUAAUCUAGCAAAGGAUCAUAAUACAAAUAAUUUUACCAAUAUAAAUAAUAUAAGUAAAAUAGAUUCUAUAGAGAUCCACGAAAAUGUUGAUCCCAUUUCAGAAAAAACUAAUAAUAUCAUAGAAAAGGAAAUAUCCAUAGGUGAACAAAUAUCAACCUCUACCUAUAAUGAGAACUGUAUAUUAGAAACUAAAACAAAGAAUGAUUUAAGUGUGCUAUCAGAAAAUCAAUCAUUACUAUCUGCUAAUGAAUCCGAUGGUCAAAUUUUACUUGUAAUGAAAAAGAAAGUACAGUCUUUACCUCUUAACAAAAUACCUAGUCCUAUACCUCAGUAUACAACACAAUGUUACAAUGUACAAGUACCAAUAAUUACAUAUCAAAAUAUACCUCUACAAAUAUCAACUUGUACGUCAGGGGACAUCAAUAUAUCCCCUUGUAUUGGAAGUACUUUGCCAACAACUGACUUAUCUGGAACUACGCAAUUUAAAAUAAAACAUAAAAAUUCAGACGUUCAUACAUUAUCGCUAGAAAAACAAAAUUUCGACAGUCUACAACAAAAACAUGAAUUAGUAAAUACUAAGAACACUGAUACUACAGACAUACAAGAAGCUCUUAUUUUAAAUAAGAAAAUAGAGGAUAGAACUUCAGAGCAGCCCACAGUUGAAGAAAAUUAUUAUGAAACUUCCUCUUUACCAAACAAUGACAAAAUCUAUAUUUCCGUUGAUAAUAAUAAUACUUUUAAUUGUUCUAACGAUCAUAUGAAUGUUACAUCGCAUCAACAGCCAACAGAAAUCAAUGAUUCAAAUCCUUAUAUAUCUACCAAAGUUCCAAAUUUAAAAAAAUUUACUUUAACUCAACGGCGUAAAAUAAGAUCUGAACAGAAUUUGUUGCAAAAAGAGAAUAUAAAUAUUAAAAAGCUCUUUCAAUCUUCAGAACCAUAUAUUACAUCAAGGCGAAGGCGAAUAAAGGCAAAUUUUUCAAAAAAAGCAAGAUUUUGCUUUCAAAAAAAAUCUAGAUCCGGAAUAGUAAAUUCUAAUUGCACUUUAUUAUGGCCAGGCUAUCAGCGAACAAACUGUAAACACGGUCAAACAUUUUCAAAAGUUAAACAAUGUACAAAAGAAAAAAAUUGCCAUUACUUAAUGUUAAAGAAAGAAGAGGAUGAAAGGAAGAAAGAUAUAAAUACGGAUUGCAUUAAAAUAAAAUCUUUAGUUGAAAAUCCUAUUGUGUCUUGUGAUCUCUUCUGCCAGCAAAAAGAGGAAAAUAAAUAUAAUAGUCCUAUAAAAAUAUCUCUUAAAACACAAGAAUUAUUAAAUAAAAGUUAUCUAGAAUAUUAUAAUAAUUUAAAACAAAAAAGAGGCAACAUAGAAAAUAUACAAGAAAAAUAUUUUCAUAAAGUGGGCUUAGAAACUCCUUAUAAUAAAAGAAGAAAAAACAAAGCAUUCUGUAAUAAUAUUUAUAACGAAGAAGGAAAAUUCAAUCCAGAAAUGCAAACGAUAGAACAAUGUUCGGCCUUGUCGAGUAUAAUUAAUAAAAAUCUGGAUUCCACUCUGCGACGCUCAAGUGAUACAACACAAACAAAGCAAUUAUAUGUUAAUAGAAAUAUUAGGCCACCUUUAAAUCCGACUGGAGGAGGUACUCAAAAUAAAACCGUACAAAACAUGCCUUCUAAGAUAGCUGCGGAUAUUUAUGAUAAUUCCAUCACAUCGUCUACAUUUAUACAUAAAGUUAAACAUAAGAAGGAAAAAUGUAUUGAAAAACGAUUUAUAAAAUUAAAAACCAUUGUAUUUUUUGGUACUAUUAUGUAUGCCUUGGUUGUAUUCUUACCUAUGAUCUAUGAUUACUUCUUUUAUGAAGAUUAUGAUGAUUAUGAGGACUUCACGUAUAUUGAACUCAUAACAAAUUAUGUGAUUUCAUCCUUUAAAGGAGCUCUUAAUAGUUUCUUUAAUACAUUUUAUAGAAUUUUUUUCCAACCGCGUGCCUGUAGGAAAUGUAACAGCAUAUCUUAAUCUCUUACUAAUGAUUAUUUCGUUAUAUACAAAAUGAAAAAUGAAACGUUUGUAAAACGAAAAGUAUUUUGACAUAUUUUGUUAAUUUUAUAUAAAGAUUCUUUUAUAUAUGUAUAAUAAAAAAUUUGAUUAGUUCUUG